CAUACAUGAACCUCACCACCACCAUAACACAGAACCUCGGAAGAAACCAGCGCAUAUGGAGAACAGCCAGGCUGAAUCCAGACAUAAAUCAUCCAAAGAAGGAAAGGAUCCUCACACUUCUAAAUACAAACCUUCCGUAAAAACCUACCAGGAUAAUGAUGUGCCUUCUCAUCAGAACCAACAGAGGACACCAAAUCGGCAUUACCAGGAAAAACAAGACAACAAAGAUCACAAAUAUGAACAUGAAGGAACCCAAAAUUAUAAAUCUACUAAAUAUCACUUCCACAAAGAUAGAGAUGAACAUGGGCACAAAAAGUUCAAUCCACGAUAUGAGGAGGAAGUGGAACUUAAUAACCAUCAUGUGGAGAAGGGGUCCAACUUUAAAAAGGAGCAGAAUUAUCACCAGCUGGACCGCAAAACCUACAAACCUCAAAAUGAAAAAAGAGAAGGGGAUGCCGAUGGCUACAAGCACAAAAAGUAUGAUACAGAUGAUGAGAGUUGGUCACAAAGCCGCCAUAAAAAGAACAAGGAAGAAGUGGGACAUCAGAAGUAUGAUGACCACAAGCCAACGUUUGAGAGUAAUGGAAAGCCGGAACAAGGUCAUAAGGCUAAAUACACAUCACCCCACACUCAGAAUGAGCGAGAUGGAAAGCCAGUAAACCUUCAAGAUCACAAACUUCACAAGCAGAAGCAUGAAAAAGAUAUGUUUAACAAACAUCACAAAAUGUCUAAAGAACAUCAUGACCAUUCUAACGUUUACCAGAAAUCUCCAGAAAAAAAGCCUUGGAAGGAAUCAAGAAAUCAUGAACAUGGACCAGAUGAGUUCUCCUAUAAUAAAGACAGGAAGGCUUUCCACCAUUAUUCUUCCGAUCUAAAAUAUAAUCAGGACAGAAACAAAAAUCACCACAAGGCUUCUAACCACAAGUGGCAGAAGGAAAAUCCACGUGACCAUAAACACAACAUCAACACUGAUGGCGACAACUAGCGAAGAGACCAGGAUCACAAACGCAGAGAGCACUGGUAACGAGACUGACCUGUAUGAAAUUCAUCAAACAAUAGCCUUUCUAUCAGCCCAACAUUUUAAAAACAUGAUUUCAUAUUCCAAUUCUAUAUCUGAACACCCAACAAUUCAUUUUAUUUUUCAGUUGUUUUAGGUACUGUAAUUAUUUGAAAGUCUCUCACCAGUUUUUAAUCUUAGAUCCACCAAGCACUUUGACCCAACGUAUAUUGUUUAUUCACUGGUCUUUCGAAUGGGGAGGGUACAGUGAAACCCCCAUUCAAAUUGCACUUUGGCCCCUUUAUCGCUUUUUUAUAUAUUUAUAAACUUUUUUUUUUCUUUUUUUGAGAGCACUGAUUCUCUUUUCUGUCCAUCCUCCUGCCCAGUCAGUACCUCUGAGAACCAGUGGUCAUUUGGAAAUCGAUAUUGCCCCAAUAAUAGACUGCACUGUAAAUAUCUAGUCUCCUUCAUGCUUGCAACCACUGACUGCGUCUAUUUUGAGAUGGUCUUUUUUUUUUGUCUUCUCCUGCGCUGAGAUGUUUCUGUAUAUAGAUACGAGGACCUGACUUAACUCACACUUUUUCCUCUACGACCAGUGCUUUAGAAGAAAAUUUCCAACAGUGGCUGCAAGAUAUCGAGUCUGCUCUGCCAUUACCUGCUGUAUUGUCCAAGUCUGAGGUUUCUGUGUGUCUGUGUGUGUAUUUAAUGUGCCUUAAUUUAUGAAGGAUAAAAAAGGAAAGUAGGUUUCAUAAAUAGGAUCUCUUAAUCCACUCCUUAGUCAUGUUUGGUCAAAUCCAAAUUCAAGCUUUGGAAUCCCUUUCUCAUGAAGAUAGAAUAAGCUGUGCUUAGUUAAAGAAUAAAAAUACACUCCUGAUCUGAUGUUAAAUAAUACUUUUGUCAUUUGCAUGCCAUAUCUAGCCUUCCUACCAUCUAAGAUCGCUCCCACCACUGCGCUGUUGUGGACACAAAGUGCUGGUCACUCUGUUGCAGAAUGAUUAAUUUGCUAGUGGCAGAUACACCGUGGGUUUAUGUUGCCAAAGUACUUUGGUGUUUGAUUUUACUGGUCGGGUACUUUACAAAUCCAUUAAUAACUCCGCUCACUUUUUAAUAAAAAGUCUCUAAAUGUAAGUCGCUGAACUCAGAUAUACCUUACCUGGUAUUUUAUAAGCAGCUAUGAAGAAAAGGGCAUACUGAAAGAUACAUUUUCAUUUAGCGCAGAAGAGGACUGGGCACACUGUUCGGCAGGUAUGACCCCCAGCAAUUAUUUAAGGCCAAUUUUUCUUAAAGGGACAUUCUACUGAGUGAAACUGUUUAAUUUUAAUAUACAUACUGCCUUAAAUGUGUGGUUUAAUAUUUAUAAUCUGCAAAAGCAUGUGUGCGUCCUGCUAAUUUCACCGUGCCAGAAGGUUUCAACAGCUUGUUGUUUUGUUAUGCUUUUAAUUUAUGCUUUUUCUAAUUUUAUUUUGUGGCACAUAUGACUGUAUUUGUGAGUGUACACUGGAUUGUUUUAUUUUCUAAUUGUGUGUUUUCAGACUUGUUUUGUAGUGAAUUUGUCAUCCAAACCGUACGUGUCACAGGUUUGUACAGCUUUAACAAAAAAAGAAAUAUAUUAUUAAUGGUUUUGAGUCAGGGAUGCUCUGACAUCAACCCAACAGCCGGAGGAGGAAUUGUCUCAUGUUUCGCAUUACAUUGAUGAGGUCACAUUUAUAACCGGUCUGUAGCUUGUUGAUGAUGUCACAUUGAUGGUGGGGAUUUAGCCAUUACUGUUAUGCUGUUUAAUAUGUUCUCUAACACAUUCUGUGAGUAUCUAUAAACCUGACACACGGAUUGUUUAAAUAAUGUGUUUUCGUUAACUCCUUACCUAUCAGCGAGGUAAUUUGUUUUUGUUUUGUUUUUUUAUUGUAAUCCCUACGCUGCAGGGGAUAGCUAAAGCACUUUUAAGAUGAAGAUUAAAAUUUAAAAAUUAAAAGCUA